UAUGUGAUAUUUCCAGGGUGAGUGUGGUUCUUGCUGGGCUUUCAGCACUACUGGAGCCAUGGAGGGGCAGAUGUUCAGGAAGACCGGAAAACUGGUGUCUCUGAGUGAGCAGAACCUGGUGGAAUGCUCCCGUCCUGAAGGCAACGAGGGCUGUAAUGGAGGUCUCAUGGACCAGGCCUUCCAGUACAUCAAGGACCAGAACGGUCUGGACUCGGAGGAGUCCUACCCCUAUUUGGGAACUGAUGAUCAGCCCUGCCAUUACGAUCCCAACAACAGCGCAGCUAAUGACACCGGAUUCGUUGACAUUCCCAGUGGAAAGGAACAUGCUCUGAUGAAAGCUAUAGCUGCUGUGGGGCCGGUGUCUGUGGCUAUUGACGCUGGACACGAGUCUUUCCAGUUCUACCAGUCAGGCAUCUACUAUGAGAAAGACUGCAGCAGCGAGGAGCUAGAUCAUGGCGUCCUUGCUGUUGGUUAUGGUUUUGAGGGUGAGGAUGUUGAUGGAAAGAAGUAUUGGAUAGUCAAGAACAGCUGGAGUGAGAACUGGGGUGAUGAAGGAUACAUCUACAUGGCCAAGGACCGACACAACCACUGUGGUAUUGCUACAGCAGCUAGCUACCCUCUCGUCUAAGGAAGAUACCUUCAGUAUCACGACAUGGUACCAGAAGGCCACAUUAGUGUCUCCAUGCCUGAGUGGUUCACUGAAACCCACUAGUGUAGUGAAAAAGGAGUCACCUGACACAUGUGACUGUGUGUCUCACAGCCUGAUUGAGACUGUGAGAGAGAAACCUCAAACUCUAGGUGUUGUGUGACACUGUUUUAGGGAAUUUUUGCAAAUGUUUUUAGUCAUUUUAAUGCCACUAAUUCAGUUGAUUUUUGCCUCAAUGUAAAUACGUGUUCUUCAGUGUAAGUCUAAAUGUACAAAU